AUGGAGCUUACUUUCGUAGCCGGUGAACACCUGAACAUCGAUGCUGGGUUCUUUGCAGGUAUCUGGAAAGUCCACAGCAAGUGGCUCACUUGGGCCGGCGCACACGAGCAAGCAUUCUGCGAGGAGGAUGGAUCGGGGAUCUUUUCCUGCGAUCAUGCAGUCCUGCAGCUAUGGGAUAUCAUGAUCUCCCAGCUCAUCGCUACCGGCAAACAUCCUCGUAUAGCUACUGAAGAACGUUGGCUGAAGAGUAUGGCUAGGAUUCGCCUGUCGCAGAUGCCUCGAUCAGUCGCGUGCCGUUCGACACAGAAGAAAGGCGAGCUUGUGGUCACAUGGGAGUCUACGGAUUCACACAUGCACAAAAAUAAGACGGUUAGGGUAACCUAUCAUCGGGGCUCCCGCGAACAGGUAGAAAUGCUGGGCAAGCAGUGUCUGAACCAUGACGAACGGGUUUGCUCCUGCCCAAGCCAUGUAUCUCAGGCUGUCAGCGACGGUGUCACCUUCUCUGAUCUAGAUCCUGACCGUUUUUACUUCCCUUUCGUAUCCCGAGACGUUGAGGGGGCUUUCGUUGGUCAAUAUCGCGGCUCGGUAUCGCCUCUCAAGCAUGACGUUAUCGUCCCACGUACUCCCAAAGCGACCACAGCACCCACGACACGUUCGGUCGAUUCUGGCUCACGCACUGCCACUGUAAAACCAAUCGAUCCGCGUAGCAACUACCAACCUCCUAGUGUCAGCGAAGACGAUGAAAUGGAAGAGAACGGGUCUCUGUACCAACCUCCAAGUAGGAGUUCAUCUCCGUCACUUCCAACGGCUACACCGGCACCGCCAGCACCGCGAGCGCCUCCGAGCCCCAGGCCACCACCAGAGCGCAGCAACACGGCGAGGGUAGACUUGACAGACCGGUCAAAGAAAACAUCCUAUGUUCCUGGCACUAAACUUGAGCACAAGUCGCUAGAUUGGGGUGGUAGCUUCCCCGGAAGCCACGACUUCUACCGGACUCGCGAACACCCAGACCAAGACAUAUAUAUCCUCAAACCGAAAGUCGGCACGAAGAAACCGCGUCACAAGAGGGUACUUUCGGGGGGUAUGGAUCGCGGUAGUGCGAAGAGAUCGAGGACCAGUAUGGCGGCCAGCCAAGCGGACGCGUCGUCAUACAUUGUCAUUCCGAGCUCAGACUCUGAGGAAGAUCCAGAUUCUCGUGCUACUCGAGGCAGUCCCUUCGUACGUGGUAGCCAGGCGACUGCGACUCCAUGGCCGGAAGGAGGCGUAACCUAUCGUUACUGA